CUCCCCCCAGCUCCGAAAAGCUUCCUGGAAAUGUCCUUGUUAUCACUUCCCCUCUCGGGCUGGGGGCUGGGAGCGGGCUGUCCCCUCCUCCCCACCCCCCGCCCCCGCUGUUCCGCCGGCUCUCGCAGGCUCUCAGGCGCCGCCGCGCUGCAGUGCUCAAAGAGCAGUGCCCGGGCUAGCAGCUCCGCCAAGCGCCCCGCGCUCAGGCACCCUCAGCAACGCGCUACUGUGCUCGCCCGCGCCUCUGCCGUCUUCGAAAUGAGGGUCUUGGGUGGGCGCUGCCGGGCGCUCCUGGCGUGCCUCGCCCUAGUGCUUCCAGUCUCAGAGGCAAACUUUUUGUCAAAACAGCAUGCUUCACAAGUCCUGGUUCGGAGACGCCGUGCAAACUCUUUACUAGAAGAAACCAAAAAGGGCAAUCUUGAAAGAGAAUGCAUUGAAGAACUAUGUAACAAAGAAGAAGCAAGGGAAGUCUUUGAAAACAAUCCGGAAACAGAUUAUUUCUAUCCGAAGUACUUAGCUUGUCUUGGCUCCUUCCGAGCUGGAUUGUUCACUGCUGCACGUCAAUCAUCUAAUGCUUACCCUGACCUAAGGAGCUGUAUCAAUGCUAUUCCAGACCAGUGCAAUCCUCUGCCUUGUAAUGAAGAAGGAUAUGAGAGCUGCAAAGAUGGCCAAGCUGAAUUCACUUGCAUUUGCAAAUCAGGCUGGCAAGGAGAAAAGUGUGAUUUUGAUAUAAAUGAAUGCAAAGAUGCCUCAAAUGUAAAUGGUGGUUGCAGCCAGAUUUGUGAUAAUACACCUGGAAGUUACCACUGUUCCUGUAGAAGUGGUUUUAUAUUGCUUUCAAAUAAAAAAGACUGUAAAGAUGUGGAUGAAUGUUCCUUGAAGCCAAAUGUUUGUGGCACAGCUGUGUGCAAGAACCUCCCAGGAGACUUUGAAUGUGAAUGCCCUGAAGGUUACAGAUACAGUCCUAAAUCAGCAUCUUGUGAAGAUAUAGAUGAAUGCUCUGAGAACAUGUGUGCUCAACUUUGUGUCAAUUACCCUGGCAGCUACUCUUGCUAUUGUGAUGGGAAGAAAGGAUUCAAACUUGCCCAAGAUCAGAAGAGUUGUGAGGCAGUUCCAGUUUGCCUGCCCCUAAACCUUGACAAAAAUUAUGAAUUGCUUUAUUUGGCAGAGCAUUUUGCAGGGGUUGUCUUAUAUUUAAAAUUUCGUUUGCCAGAAACCACCAGAUUUUCAGCUGAAUUUGAUUUCCGGACAUAUGAUGCAGAAGGUGUGAUACUGUUUGCAGAAUCUCUCGAUCACUCAGCUUGGCUCCUGAUUGCACUUCGUGAUGGAAAGAUUGAAAUCCAAUUUAAGAAUGAGCACACAGCCAAAGUCACAACUGGAGGCAAUAUUAUUAAUAAUGGUAUAUGGAAUAUGGUGUCUGUGGAAGAAUUAGAACACAGCAUCAGUAUUAAAAUAGCUAAAGAAGCUGUGAUGAAUAUAAAUAAGCCAGGGUCCCUUUUUAAACCUACAAAUGGAUUUCGGGAAACCAAAAUAUACUUUGCAGGAUUACCUCGGAAAGUAGAAAAUGCACUCAUUAAACCGAUUAACCCUCGUCUAGAUGGAUGUAUAAGAGGCUGGAAUUUGAUGAAUCAAGGAGCUUUAGGAGUAAAGGAGAUCAUUCAAGAAAAACAAAAUAAACAUUGCUUUGUCACUGUGGAGAAGGGUUCCUACUAUCCUGGUUCUGGAGUUGCUCAAUUUAACAUAGACUAUAAUAACAUAACCAAUGCUGAAGACUGGCAAGUGAAUGUGACCUUGAAUAUCCGCCCAUCCACAGGCACUGGUGUCAUGCUUGCCUUAGUUUCUGAUAACACAGUGCCCUUUGCCUUGUCCUUAGUGGACUCCAGCUCUGGAAAUUCUCAGGAUAUUAUAGUAUCUAUUGAAAAUGUGGUGGUAUCUCGAAUAGACGCUGUAAAUCUAUGUUCUAGUCAACAAUCUCGCCUGGAUUUCAAAGUCAAUAGAAACAAUUUGGAGGUGUGGACUCCACUUGAAACAUAUAUCAUCUACUCUCCAGACUUUAAAAGUCAACUUGCCAUCCUGGACAAAGCAAUGAAAGGAACAGUGGCUACUUACGUGGGUGGUAUUCCAGAUGUACCUUUCAAUGCCACACCAGUGAACGCCUUUUAUAAUGGCUGCAUGGAAGUGAAAAUCAAUGGUGUAGAAUUGGAUCUGGAUGAAGCCAUUUCUAAACAUAAUGAUAUUAGAGCUCACUCAUGUCCAUCAAUUUGGAAAACAUGAAGAAUUCUUAAAACAUCUUUUCUUUGCUGAUAAUGUAUCUCUUUUCCAAGUAUAAUUAUACUUAAGUCUCUAUAACAACUGGCGUGUUUUAUCUAUGAUGUGCAGUCUUUUGAUUAUUUUGUGGUACUUUGACCUUUUUGGAAUUUUUAAAAGGUCUUUUUUUCAAGAAUAAUUCUGUUGUGAUGUAAGUCACAUUACAAAAUUCUUCUGUUGCUGUCUAGAAAUUAAAUAAUGAGACAAAAAUUUUAAAUUUUAAUUUUUUGCUACACAUGACAUUGCUUCACUUUUUGUAAGAGUAAAAGUCAAUUUUAUCAUCAUUGAA